GUUAUUCAUUCCGCUUCCUCCAAUGAGAACAAGGAUGAGGAAGAUAGAGGGCGGAGAGAGUAAGAGCGAGAGUGAAGUUGAGAGAGAGGGAGGGAGAGACAGAGACGCUGAGUGAGCGACAGAGCGCAAGAGUGAAGGGCAGAAAAUCUGCCACGACUGGAACGGCAAAUCAACUCUUGUUAUUUAAACAGCCGAGCACUUUAUAUUCUGUUUUCUAGCAUACGCGGACAUUUCAGAACAUCGCUUCCAGUGCAUCCGUUUUAGAGGCGAAUAUUUAGUACUUAUUUCGCAGCAACAGCUGUCACAUUAAUUUCAUAGUAUCCAAUUUUCUUUUUAUUUUACUUGUCUAUUACUGUCGAUCAUAUAAUCGAGAUAUUUUUUACUACAGAACGGAGGAAUUUCUUUCCAAAUAAAGGCGUUUUCAUACGGAGAAAAGCAAAAGGGUGCGUUUUUUCCCCGAGAAACAAACACGAUUUUGUGUGAGAGCCUGUCGGCAAGGAGACCAUCGUAUGAGGAAAGAUUGAAUGAUCGUGACAACAUGAAAAAGAAAAAGUGCGGAAGAAUAUUUUCGCCCUACCUUUGAAUCAACAACUGCACGGGGAGACACACUGAAAGGAGAGGUAGGAGCGAGAGACAGAACGAGAGAAAGGGAGAGAGAGAGGUGUAGGAGUGAGUCAGUGUGAGAGACAAACGGAGGUGUCGGAGGUGAGGUUUGCAGAAGGGUUGAGAGAGUGAACCCGAUAUUUUGAAAAACAAACAAGCAACGUUUGAUCCCGCACUGUGUGUUGUGCUGAUUACAUCAGUUGUUGUAUUUGUUUAAAGUGAGGCAGGGUGUUCGGGGUUGAUCAUUGCAUAAGUUCCUUAAUAAAAGGCUGCACUCAGUGUUAAGGCUGAUCUGUGUGACAGAUAUUGCUGGAAGGAGAGGGAGGGGGGGGGGAUAGAGAGAGAGAGAGGAUAGUGUCAGGAGAGUGAUUGCUGAAUCCUUUAGGGGAGGAAAUAUGAGCUCAAAAUGUGCUCAUUUUUCUUUCUCUGGACCAACAUAGAUCCCUCCAUCAUUCCCUCCCUCUGCACUUCCCUCACUUUGCAACUACCCCACAUCCCCCUCUCCUCCCCUCCUAAUCCCUCAUUCAUCAGGCGAACUCUCUCCCUCUCUCUCUGCACUUCAUCUCUCCCUAUCUGCCUUCACCAUCCUUCUUUGUUUCAGGGCUCAUAAUUAAUACUUUCUUUCUUGCUUGCUGUCUUUCGAUUUCUGCCUGUCUCACCUACUUUUCUUUUUCGUUCUCCUCUUCUUCAUGCCGUUCUCUUCUUACUCUUCACUCCAUCAAACUCCAGAGGUAUAGGACAGUGUGCCAUAAGUCUCCUGUGGAGCUCGCAGGUUGCCAUGGAUCCCCCUCCCUCCCUGAGUCAAGCACUGUUGGGCGGGAGUGAGGACGAGGACCAGCAGCAGCAGCGCCCCCCCCUGCCUUGUGCUGGUACAGUCCACCCCACUAUCACCGGCAGCUACCCAGGAGCGAACCACUCCAACCACAUGGGGGGGAACAACAGCCUGGAGCGGCUCAACACCACGCCUUCGUCCACAACGCCUGGCCUGGUCCCGGCGUCCCUCCCGCGCUUGCCCCUGGUAACCUCAUCUUCGGGGAUCGCCACGACGCCCCAGCUGCCCCCGCCCAUCCCGAACGCGCUGCACCCCACGAGCACCCCGUUGUCAUCCUGCCUGGGCAGCCAGCACAGCCUGAGUGCUGACGCCUCGCCCGUCUACAACGCCCUCUUCUACUCCUCGCACUCGCCCACGGCCGAGCGGGAGAGGGAGCGCGAGCGGGAGCGCGAGCGGGGCUGCAAGCACCGGCAGGCCAGCCCCCUGGUGCACCGGCGCGACAGCAACCCCUUCACCGAGAUCGCCAUGAGCUCCUGCAAGUACACCGGCGGCGUCAUGAAGCCGCUCAGCCGCCUCAGCGCGUCGCGACGCAACCUCAUCGAGUCGGACAGCAGCAGCGACACCAAAGAGGGCGGCGGCUCUGGGACCAGCUCCGCCCCUUCGUCCGUCCCCGCCGCGGCCCCGCCCCCCGCCUCCUUUCCCUCCCAGCUCGGCCCGUCACAGAACCCGCCCGAGAUCGUUAUCUCCUCCAAAGAGGACUCGCCCUACAGAGGCCACGCCUACGAGAUGUCAAUCUACCACCAGAACCACGCCCUAUCCGAGAGCAGAGCGACUAUCGGCGGAGCGGGCGGGACUAACGGGCAGAGGGCGGCGGCUGUGACUGGUCGAGCCGCCUCCAAAGCGCAGAAGCGCAAGAACCAGAACAUCGGUUACAAGCUGGGCCACCGGAGGGCCCUGUUCGAGAAACGCAAGCGACUCAGUGACUACGCACUCAUCUUCGGGAUGUUCGGCAUAGUUGUUAUGGUGAUCGAGACCGAGCUCUCCUGGGGAGUCUACAACAAGAGCUCCAUGUAUUCUCUGGCACUGAAGUGUCUCAUCAGCCUGUCCACUGUUAUUCUCCUGGGACUCAUCAUUGCCUACCAUGCACGAGAAGUACAGCUCUUUGUCAUCGACAACGGGGCGGACGACUGGCGCAUCGCCAUGACGAUGGAGCGGGUGCUGCUGAUUGCCCUGGAGCUGCUGGUGUCGGCUGUGCACCCAGUGCCCGGCGACUUCAAGUUCCAGUGGCGGGCGCGGCUGGCGUUCUCGUACGCGCCCUCGCAAGCCGAGGCCGACCUGGACAUGGUGCUGUCCGUGCCCAUGUUCCUGCGGCUCUACCUCAUCGCCCGCGUCAUGCUUCUGCACAGCAAGCUCUUCACUGACGCCUCCUCACGCAGCAUCGGCGCGCUCAACAAGGUGCACUUCAACACGCGGUUUGUGAUGAAGACUCUGAUGACCAUCUGCCCAGGAACCGUACUGCUGGUGUUCAGCAUCUCACUGUGGAUCAUCGCGGCAUGGACCGUACGAGUGUGUGAGAGAUACCAUGAUGCUCAGGACGUCACCAGUAACUUCCUAGGGGCGAUGUGGUUGAUCUCCAUCACCUUCCUGUCCAUAGGCUAUGGGGACAUGGUACCCCACACCUACUGUGGCAAAGGCGUGUGUCUGCUCACAGGCAUCAUGGGGGCAGGCUGCACGGCGCUGGUGGUUGCCGUGGUAGCACGGAAGCUAGAGCUGACCAAGGCGGAAAAGCAUGUGCACAAUUUCAUGAUGGACACGCAGCUCACCAAGAGGAUAAAGAACGCGGCGGCUAAUGUGCUGAGGGAGACGUGGCUCAUCUACAAGCACACCAAGCUCAUGAAGAAGAUCGACCAUGCCAGGGUCCGCAAGCACCAGAGGAAGUUCCUGCAGGCCAUCCACCAGCUUCGCAGUGUGAAAAUGGAACAGCGUAAACUUAGCGAUCAAGCCAACACUCUGGUGGACCUCUCAAAGAUGCAGAGUGUCAUGUACGAGCUGAUGUCGGAGCUGAACGACCGCAGCGAGGACCUGGAGCGACAGAUGCUGAGCCUGGAGCAGCGGGUGGAGCAGCUGACGGCGGGCUUCAGCGCUCUGCCCGCCCACCUGUCGGCCACGCUAAGCGCCCAGCACAACACCCUGCUGCUGCUCCUGCGCGAGCGUGAUGCCAAGAUGCUACCGCCCCCCAUGCCCGCGCCGCCCGCGCCGCUGCCCCACUCUAACGCCACGCAGACCAACCCCACCGCCACGGCCACCACAGCCACUGCCAACGUGGUCGCCGUAGCCACCGCCACCACCACCACCACGACUGCCACCAGCAGCCCAGCACAAGGUGGCAAGGCCGAGGACAGCCCCAACAUCGCCUCCAGCUGCUGAGAGAGAGGGAGCAGGAGAGAUGAGAGAUAGAGGAGGAGGAGGAGGAGAGAACAAAAGAGGAGGAGGGGGUGGAAGAAUCCCCAGGAAAUGGCUGCUGAAGAGGGAGGUGGUCUAAAGACUAGAUGAGACAGAAGAGAGAGCAAGAGAGAGUGACUUAUAUAGAAAGAGAGAGAGUGAGAGAAAACAGGGGAACAGGAGAUGGGUGAAAAAUCUUGAGGGGGUAAGGGCUCUGAUUUAGAACUCAGGAGAGAUCUAAGAAUUAAAUAAACUGAGGAAAUGACUACGGAGGAGGAGUAGGAGGAAAAAAUUGCACACAAGAGGGAGGCCUGGUGAAGCAGAGGACAGCCAAGGAAGGAGAUGAAGAAGUAAUUGUGUAUCCUAAUAGUGUAUCCCAAUCUCUCUGCCAAUCUCUCUUGGAAUGUGCAAACUAAUUAUAGGAAAAUGUCUCUCUCUUCCUCCAUCAGGAAACCAUGACAAUGACUUUUUAAUCUUAUGAUGUUUUCUAUUACCUAAUUGCUAAUUGUGUGUUAACAAGCAUCCCUUUAAAGAGAACUCCAAUCAAUAACACGAAACAGACUAGUGCCACUGCCAUAAACAGAACGCACACACACACACACACACCACAGGAAACAUGUGGGACGCAAGCUCUUGUCACAAACUACUUGUGGAAAACAAAAAAGGCAAACAGAACAUAUAAAACACAACCAGAGAGUGCAGAUAGCUGAUAGGUGCUCUAACCCAUGUUGGAUAGGCCUCACAGACACUCACACACACACACACACGCACGCACACACACACACGCACACAGACACAUACACACACACACACACACACACACACACACACACACACACACAUAGACACACUGCACUGACUCACUACAAGAUACAGAUCACUGCCAAAUGAGUCACGCGGAAGCAAACCAAUUCAGUAAAAGCUAUUCACGUGACGUUUGCAUAUCCGGAGGAUGAACCCUCACUGUUUUCAUGAAUGUAUACGACGAAAAGCAUACCUACACAUCAUAAUACUCUCAAAAGUGCACAGAAGUAAGCACACACAAAAAAAUGCAGCCAUAGCCUACACACAGACACUUUUUUUUCUUCUGUUUAACUUUGCUACCAAAGUGCUCCGUCUCUAGCUGACUGCAAAAAAAAUGACUUUGAAAGAUUUGAGAGAUACAGAGUAAAUAAAAAAAGAAGGAGAGGCUGAGAGGUGUCGAUACGAGUAUUUGGCACUAGUGAUGGUCAUGGUGGAAAGAUAUGAGAUAAUCAUGAGAAAGGUUUGGUUCAGGAGGGUGGGUGGUUUGGAAAGUGCCAGAAGAGAGGCAACCCUUACACAAACUGCCAUGUCAGCAGCUCUUAAGACAAACUAUACUUUAGGAAGAAUGACCAUAGUCAUUCUUCGAAGAAAUGAUCGUCAUUGUGAUGGUAUGUCAGAAUAACAGACAGUGUCAAUUCUGACCAAUUUCUACGGAGACCAUUUUAAAAACUGUCUUAUAGUGACAUCCUGUGGCCGGAAUACUGAACUAAACCUGCUUGGAAUAUUGUACAGUAUGCUAUUACAGAAAAAAAAAACUUAGCUUUGUAAGGUUUUUUUCUUAUUAUUUUUCUUUUUUUUUAAUGACCAUUUAAUGAUUAUAAACACAAUUAUAGCUUACAUUUACCAUUAUUAUAGCAUUCAUUCGUCACUACAUUUAAAAUUACUGUAUUAAUAACUUUAAUAACUAUCAACAAAUAAUGGAUAAGGGAAAGGUGACGUUUGAGGUUGAAAUUAUUUUGUAAUUUUAUUUUACCAGAGAGAAUUAAUAAAGUAUAUAUCUAUAUAACA